GUCUUUGGCGAGCGUGCUGGUCGGACAGUAACGACGCCGACGCGACGGUAGCAAGGACGGCGGGUCGCCGCGGCGCAGCUGCCGAGAACGUCGUUUUCACUGACGCAACAUCGAUCGCGCACCUCCACGGACUAUAACCUUUGCAUUUUCCAACGAAACUCGUUGCGACCCUGCGGAGUUUCGUCGUCCGACAGAAUUCAAGCGAGGUCAGUUCGCCGUUCAAUACCUCGCGCCUAAACUUCCGAUCGUACGCGACAUCGUUCACCGUAAUUUCCGGUGUGUUCCCCAAAAAAAAUGAAGACCACGAUGAGUUCCGACUGAUAACCCGAGCAACCCCAUGAAGGAAACCUCAGAGGAGGGACCACCGCUUUCAGGAUACCGCCUGUGUGACAGUUUGCACGUUCAUUAAGUAACGUAUUACGAAUGCGUGGUAUUUAUAUAAAUGAAUAACGAGAGAGACUCCCUCGAUAUCUCAUUGUCAGACAAACCCGGUGUGAAUCUCUGUGUGCGAUGCGCCUAACUAUUCAGAGAACGUUGAUGGCAUUUGAAUUGCGGUACUGCCCUUGGCUCAGUCGUUGCGAGGAUUGAUACUUAACGAAGAGAGGAUUAAAAGGCCUAUGAAUAGCUAUCAAAGAGCAUGAAUGGUCGUGACUCGUCGGCGGCUGCAUCGACGCAAGAUUCUUCCCGAUAGCAGCGUCGAUCGCAGACGUCGGCGGCUGACGUCAUCAUCAUUAUCAUCGGCUCUAGUAACAGUAACAACGAUUACACAUCGAAAUCAUGGAUAAGCAGGAUUUUUUUGCGAAUCUACAUUAUCUGCCGAUCGCCGUCUUUAUCUCUUUGCCGUCAGUUUUUAUUUUAACAUACGUAAUCGCUGUCUUACUAGGACACGUGGAAGCUGGUUUUCCUUACAUUUCAGAUGUAGCGACUUACGCACCAGAAAGUUGUAUUUUCGCUCAAGCUGUCAACCUGAUAGCUAUUCUCAUGGGUUUAAUGAUCUACAUAAGAUAUUCCCAAGUUAAAGAAUGUAUCAGAACUUUCGGUUCAUCAACUUCUUUGCCGAAAUUGAAUCGUUGGGCCUUAAUUUUCGGCCUCAUAUCAACCGCCGGUCUAUCAAUCGUCGCAAACUUUCAAGAAACAUCAGUAAUAGUAGUUCAUCUCAUCGGUGCGAUACUCUGCUUCGGAGGUGGUACGGUGUACUUUUGGACCCAGGCUGUAUGCUCAUUUUACUUGCAUCCCUCGGGAUGCUCAUUACGACUGGCGCAUCUUCGCACGGCGUUAUCAACUUUCUGUACUGUCUGCUUCUUCGUAAUCCUUAUUACGGGCGUACUGGCCCGUUUGGCCUAUAAGGGAACGAAUCCCCGGAAAUGGUACAAGGAGGACGGCGGCUGGGAAUUGCAUGUGGCUAGCACGGUAACCGAAUGGCUUUGCGCAAUAACGUUUUGCGCUUACAUCCUAACAUUCACGGAUGAGUUUAAAGAUGUCAGAAUAAGUCCUCCAAAGGUGAUAUGCAAUAUACACCGUUUGAGAUCGAAUAACGAAAUAUUGAGCGAAAGCCAAGACUCCGCCGUGGCUCACGAUCAGGCGAAUCCAUCAACCAGUACCUGAUCGCUCAUAGGC